GGAAUACCACUCCGCAGACGGAUGGAGCGUCCGAGCGUAAGAUCCGAUCCUGCGUGCAAGUUAUGCGGAGUAUGGUCAGUCCCGACCAAAAGGACUGGACGCAGCACAUACCAAUGACGGAGUUUGCGCUGAACUCGAGCAUAAACCGCUCAACUGGCUUCGCGCCCUUCGAGCUCACGUACGGAUACCUGCCGAGGAUAUUGACGGGCAUACAGCCGCGUGCUCUCGACUCGCCCGGCGUCCGUUCGUUUGCGCAACAGGCAAUACGUACGCUGGCGAUGGCCCACGACGCAAUCAUUUCUGCUCGCGUAAUUAGCACAACGGACGCUAACAAACGGAGAAAGGAUGAGCCGUACCUUCGCAAAGGGAUGUAUGCGUACCUAUCCACCGCAGACCUGUCCAUCCCUAAGGACCGAGCUCGGAAACUGGUACCACCAUGGGUGGGCCCUUACCUAGUUAUCGGGGAACACAAGGAAACGUCAACUUACACCUUGAAUCUGCCAGAUGAACUGGCGCAGCGCCAGCUGCACCCCACGUUUCAUGUCUCGAAAUUACGGCCCGCCGAGCCGAAUGACGAGAAGCUCUUCCCAAAACGGGACCUGAAGUUCAUAUAUGACUUCGGGGCGCCGGAUGAGAACGAGCUGUUCGUAGAACGAAUAGUAACCCACCGCUGGAUGGGGAAUCGCGUUGAGUUCCUGGUGCACUGGGUUAACUCAGAACCCAGUUGGGAACCGUACCAGCAGGUACGCAACCUGGAGAAGUUGGAUGAGUACUUCGCGCUCCAAAACGUGAAGGACUGGAAACACUUGCCGAAAACGGAUUGA